GUACAGAUCUAAACUAUCAAGGGAAUGUUUUUUCAUACGGAUUACUAUUCAAGACUCCUAGUUCAGCAGCGGGGUCCAUAUCAAAAUUGAGGCAUAGAGAUAGGUCUAUCUCUUGAGAUCUAGCACCCUGGUCGAUUUCUCCUAUCAGACGAACCUUCGGAUGCAUUCGCCUAUCAGGGAUAUGUUACCAAUCACAUUGGAACCCGCUUUCACCUGCCUUUAGAGGUUCGGUUUGUUGAAAGGUACUCCGCGAGGGAAGGUGGAGUUUCCACGAGAGGUCAUAAUUCCCCUGCUCGUCCUGAGGGAAAAAGAAUAAAUAACAAGGUUGGUGCCUGGUCUACGUUGGUCUUGCAGCAUCAUAAAAUAUUAGAUUUCCACGACCAUCGCGUCUGGUUUACAGAUCAGGACAAUGUUAUCCGCACACCCUCAUCCCUUUGAUCCGCUCUCUCCAGCAGAGAUCUCCCUUGCAGUUCGUCACCUGAAGGAUGCGUUUCCCAAUGACAACCUCAGCUUCAGGGUGGUCACGCUUCUUGAGCCAGCAAAGGCCCAGAUGAUACCGUUUCUAGAAGCUGAGCGUUCAGGAAAACCAAGCACCCCGACGCCAUCUCGAAGCGCCCUGAUUCAGUUUUAUCGCGGCAAGCCGACGGAUUUCCGAGAGGUCUGGAUUGAACUGGAGUCUGGAAAAAUCACCAAGGAGAAGAUCCUUUCUGGAAAACAUUCCUACGUGGACUCGACAGAAAUGCAGGCUGCCGAAAAGGCAUGCAUGGCAGCGGGAGAAGUACAGAAAGUCAUCCGCAUGUUGGAGCUUCCAGAAGAGGCCGUUGUAUGCAUCGAACCCUGGUCAUACGGGACAGAUGGAAUGAAUGAUAUCGCUGAGCGGAUUAUCAUGUGUUUCUUUUAUAUGCGACUCAAAAGCCAUGGAGAUGCCAACCACUACGCUUAUCCGCUCGAUAUCUGUGUUGAGAUGUCCGGUGAUCUGAGCGUCAAACGGAUUCUGACUCUGCCUCUCGGAGAGAAUGAUCGAGCUGGGCUCGUGAGCGAAGUUGGCGUUAGACCGUUUGAUCGAAACAAGAUCCACCGCUCCAGCGAGUAUCAUCCUGACUUGGUGGAGGAGCGGCGGACGACAACCAAGCCGCUCCAGAUCGUCCAGCCCGAAGGCCCCUCGUUUCAAGUAGAAGGUAACCAGUUGACCUGGGAAAAGUGGCAGAUGCGAGUUGGAUUUAACUACCGUGAAGGAUUGACUUUACAUGACAUUACAUAUGAUGGUCGCAGUGUCUUCUACAGACUGUCGCUGUCUGAGAUGUUUGUGCCGUAUGGGGAUAGUAGAACCCCAUAUCCACGAAAGGGUGCCUUUGACCUUGGCAGCAAUGGGGCUGGUGUCAACGCGAACAACUUGAAGCUCGGAUGCGAUUGUUUGGGCCAUAUCAAAUACUUCAAUGGCCAUCACCAUACCACGGCGGGAGAUCCGAUCGUCCUGCCAAAUGUGGUCUGCUGCCAUGAAGUCGAUGAUGGAAUUCUGUGGAAGCAUACAAACUACCGCACCAACAACGCUAUUGUCACACGGUCCCGGAUCCUCGUCCUGCAGACGAUCAUCACCGUCGGCAACUACGAAUACAUCUUUGCCUUUCAGUUCACACAGGACGCAGCGAUCAACUACGAAGUGCGCGCAACCGGGAUAGUAUCUACGGCACCGAUUAAUCUGGGCCAGACAGUCCCCUAUGGAACACUCGUGGGUCCGGGCGUCAUGGCGCCAUACCACCAGCACCUCUUCUGCCUCCGGAUCGACCCUGCGAUUGACGGACACAGCAACUCGUUGAUGGUCGAGGAGUCACAUCCAAUGCCGCUCGACAACCCGAACAUCCACAAUCCCUUUGGAGUCGGGUAUACGACGGUCAGCAAGAUCGUCGAGACGGAGACCCCGCUAGAUACCGACGUGACCAAGGCGCGAGUGUUCAAGAUCGUCAACGAGGGGGUCCGAAACCCCGUCACCGGCGGGCCGGUGGGCUACAAGCUGGUGCCGCAUUACUCACAGAUGCUGCUGGCGCACCCGUCGUCGUACCACGCUCGGCGCUCCGAGUUUGGCGAGCACGCAGUGUGGGUGACGAGACAUCACGACCGCGAGCUGUUCAGCUCUGGCGACCACACGAUGCAGUCUCUGGGCGGCGAGGGGAUCGCGUCGUGGAUCCGGGCUCGUGAGAAGCCGCAGGGAGUACGCAACGCAGACAUUGUCGUCUGGCAUACCUUUGGGACGACACACAACCCGCGGGUCGAGGACUGGCCGGUGAUGCCGGUGGACAAGAUGACGGUCUCCCUGAAGCCCGUCAACUUCUUUACGGCGAACCCGUCGCUGGACGUACCGAUCAGCGCGCAGGACGUCAACCGGAGUGUUCUGGUCGAGUCGUGUGCGAAGCUGUAACUUUUAUAGCUGCAAUUCAGUACGGAGUAUUACAGAGGGUGUAUGUUAACUACUCUCCAUACUAACUAACUGUCUACAACAAUAGUACUGUGGCGAAAUGGUUCAGCUGCGCCCUCGCCGUAUUGUUGGCACAGAUCACCCCAGCUGCAGGUUGAACGUAUUAUUAUUUCAUUUGAUGGUUUAGGUAUUCUGUCAGUAGCUCAGAGUAAUACCUCGAUCUGAAUGGACGCCACUUGCAGUGGCUAAAGUGUCGCCCCCGGACACUGAACAGCGUAGACAAAAGUCUUUGACAUCACCACGUCGGAGAAGUCCGUAACCUCCUCGAUAAUACAAGAUUCCCAGUGAAUCGAACAGGAAGAAGGAAACGAGGGGAAAGCGUAUUAAAGUUUUUUUUGGGGGGGGAUUCUCUUCGGCC